AUGGAUGACAUAUUUGGUGUUGAGUUGGAUUCGUUGACAUCUGCAUUCGAUUCUCCCGAAAAGCCGAAAAACUAUGGUGUAAUGUCUUCCACAACGUCUUUGAAGCGUCCGAUCGCUCCGGUUCCAAAUUCCUUCGAAAUCCCGAAGGCACGGAAAUCAAAAUUCAAAUUUCCGAAAAUGAAAACAGUCUCCAUUCCUACUGAAGAGGGGUGCUUACAUGAGGUAGUGCUUCCUCCAGGCUUAGACCACUUCAAGUCCCUAUCCCCCGUGUCUCAGACCCCAGCUAAAACUUACCCUUUCAAACUGGACCCGUUUCAGCGUCAGGCAGUCUUGUGUAUCGAUAACGACCAGUCGGUUCUCGUCUCUGCACACACAUCUGCUGGUAAAACCGUAGUCGCGGAAUAUGCGAUUGCUCUAAGUUUUAAAAAUAAGCAACGGGUCAUUUACACAACACCGAUCAAGGCUUUGAGCAAUCAAAAAUUCCUUGAAUUUUCAGCAGAAUUUAAAGAAGUGGGUUUGAUGACUGGUGAUAUUACCAUCAAUCCAGAAGCAACGCUUCUCAUCAUGACCACCGAAAUUCUCCGGUCGAUGCUUUAUCGGGGUUCCGAGGUUACGAGGGAGUUAGGCUGGGUUAUUUUUGAUGAAAUCCACUACAUGCGGGAGAAGGAACGAGGUGUGGUUUGGGAAGAGUCAAUAAUCCUCCUGCCUGACAGCGUUAAGCAAGUCUUCCUCAGUGCCACCAUACCGAACGCUAGGCAAUUCGCCGAAUGGGUUGUAUUCCUGCAUAAAAAACCCUGUCAUGUUAUCUACACUGACUACCGCCCGACACCUCUCCAACACUACGUUUUUCCUUGUGGCGGGGAUGGCAUUUUCUUGGUUGUCAAUCAGCAGCGUGAAUUUCUUGAGGCUAACUUCAACACUGCCCUAGACGUGGUUCGGGGAGCUGCUGGAAAGGCCAAGGCUGACACAACGAUGCGCGGUCGCAAGGGUGGCUGCAUCAGGUCAACACCUUACUGCUACAAACUCGUUAAACUCGUCAUGGACCAACAUCUUGAACCUCUUAUAGUCUUCUCCUUCAGUAAAAGGGAUUGUGAGUAUUAUGCCUCUCAGCUGUCCAAAAUGGAUUUAAAUGAAGCUCAAGACAAGGCCGCCGUUGACCUCAUAUUCAACAACGCAAUCGAUUCCCUCUCACCAGAGGAUCAAAAACUCCCGCAGGUUCUCUGCAUGCUUCCGAUGUUACGACGAGGUGUUGGUAUACACCACGGCGGUCUGUUGCCCAUUCUCAAGGAACUCGUCGAAAUCCUCUUUGCCGAAGGCUACAUUAAGGCAUGCAGACUUAUUCAUAAAAUGUUCUUUUGCUCAUUAAAGUAUCCGUACUCCCAUAUAGAGGUCCUCUUCGCAACUGAAACCUUCGCCAUGGGCCUUAACAUGCCGGCGCGCACGGUGCUCUUCACGGCAACCCGAAAGUUUGACGGGCAGGACUUUCGCCACAUCUCCUCAGGCGAGUACAUCCAGAUGUCGGGGCGAGCCGGUCGCCGAGGCAAAGACGAGAGGGGCACUGUCAUCCUCAUGAUUGACGACACCGUCACUCCCGAUGCCGCCAAGCAACUGCUUCUUGGCUCCCCUGAUCCGCUCAACUCUGCCUUUACGUUGUCUUACAAUAUGGUGCUCAAUCUGCUCAUUGUGGAGGAUAUUAAUCCGCAAAUUAUGCUUGCCAAGAGCUUCUUUCAAUUCCAAAACUAUGCAUCUAUUCCUGCCUUAGAAGAAAAGAUAGCGCGCCUGGAAUCGGAAUUCAAAAGCAUCAAUCUCCCUGAUGGUAUCGACGUGGAACAGCUCUCAAGCAUAGUCCAGUUAAGAAAAAGUGUUGAAGACCUGCAUCGGGAAAAGUGGCAGCUAUCAAUGAAAUUCAAGCAUGUCGCUCCUUUUAUGCAACCUGGUCGACUUUUGAGGAUUGAAAAUGAUGAUGGCGUCGACUACGGAUGGGUUGUCGUGCUGAACCUUCGCCGCUCCAAACAACACGGCACCCAAGGCUCCGAAACCCCCCUCAUCGACGUUCUUGUUCGUGUUACCGCGGCGAACCUACGUGACGCCGAAAAUCCUGUCAUCCACCCGACACCCCUCCUCUUUACUGUCUUUCAACCAUAUUGCAAUGAUAUUGAAAUGAUCCCAGAGGAGGAAGACGUGAAACCUCCCAAAGUCUCAAAGGACGUUCCUGUCAUGUCUGUCGCCACGAUUGCCAGUGUGCCUCUAACUUGCGUGCGAGACAUAUCCUCCGUCUGUCUUAAUUUCACCUCUCUCGAUGGAGCAAACACCAAGCAACCACUGGCACUCAUUGGGAAGAUAGCAAAGCUUUCGCCACCAAUGCGACUUAACUUCUGGGAGGGUAUCAGUCGAGCCACGGCAAAGCUGGGUGGAUCUCUUCCAUUGCUUCACCCUGUAGAUGAUUUAGGUGUGAAAGAUGCUCGCCUGGUGAAAUGUCUGGAGAACAUUCACUUGAUGGAAGCAAGGCUGAAGCUCAACCCCCUGGCUGACCGCGAGGACCUGGAAUAUCUUAUUCAUACCCAUGGCAAACGAGCCGAGAAAUAUCUGGAGUUGCGCGCUGCCCACGAUGAGUUGAAACGCAAAGAGUCUCUUCUGCAGCUUGAUGAACUUCAUUCGCGCAAACGCGUUCUUCGUCGCCUCGGAUUUUGUACCGAGGACGAUGUUAUUCACCUGAAGGGUCGAAUCGCCUGCGAAAUCUCUACGGGUGAUGAACUUGUGCUAACUGAACUGCUUUUGGAUGGUUUCUUCAGUGACCUCUCUCCCGAGCAGAUAGCAGGGGUUCUGUCUUGUUUUGUCGCGGAGAAAAGCAGUAGUAAGGAACCGCCGAAACUUCAGCCCGACAUGGAAAGUGCUCUCAAAACCAUUCGUUCAAAAGCACGUUACCUGGCCACGGUUGCACAGGAGAGUCGCGUGAACGCUGGCCCAGUGGGUGCAAUUGCCAAGGCCUCAAAUAAAGGUGACAGUAACAUCUUCGCCGAAGGGGGUCGCAGCGCCAUUGACGACUAUGUGGCAAAGUUCGCUGGCGACAUGAUGGAUGUGGUUCGCUCGUGGGCUCAAGGCGUCUCGUUCGCUCAGUUGUGCCAAAUGACCCCGUUGUUUGAGGGGAGCGUGAUUCGAUGCAUGAGACGACUCGAGGAACUCCUCAGACAAAUGCACAAUGCCGUCAAGGUAGCUGGAAACGCUGAGUUGGAGAACAAAUUUCUGAAGGGUGAGCCCAUGCCACUUUUGAUUUGGUAUAGUGAGAAUGUCGCUGAUUGGGCUGGGGGUCGUGCUCUGUGCGGCGAGCUCGGUACCGGGGCGCCUGAAGCCGCCGACGUCCACCGGAGUUUAGGUGAGAGCUGA